UUCGAUUGCCUUCGACUGCCAUGAAGGGCAAAGGAAAGCGACGCGACGUCUCGGCGUACCUGGACUACUGCGCCUCCCGUGUGGAUCCUGCGGAUGCCGGUGACCUGCCGACUCGGUUGCUCCCACUCUCACGCGACUUGGGACGACUGCUGCGCUACAAAGAUGGCCUCUUGCGGAGCCGCGGCAUUGAAAUGGACCGCGAAGGAUGGGUGCAGCUCACCGAGGUCCUGGCUCUGCCGGAUUUUGAUGGUUUCGAUGUGCGGGAUGUGCGAAUGGUCGUCGACCAGAGCUUCUCGAAGGACCAGCCGCGCUUUGAGAUUCGAUCCGAUGAAGACAAUCGUCUUCAGAUCCGUGCUGCUCACAAGCGUCCGGUCUACGGAGCACCUCGAGGAGAGUAUCGCCGCUUGCGGCGUGCACAUACGCCCGAGCCACCAGAUCUAGAUGUGCAGUUUGAGGACGCAGUCUCCAUGAGCAAGAACAAGAUGAGAGGACCGAAGCACUUCGACAUCAGCGAGGACUCCAUACCACUGGAGUUGCCAGAGAACUUCUCCAACAUGGAUGUCGAGUGGGAGAGGUAUGAGUUGGACUCAAACAUCUUUGCGUGGUGGUGCGAGCGUGCGGACGGCACCCAGGAUGGCUUUGCGGAACUGGCGCCAGAGAAAUGGGACCUGCUGACACCGGAAGAAUGCGAACACAUUGAGCGCCCAUGUUGGAUCAAUGGGGACACAGGAGAGCAUUUCUUCAUCAGUCGGGACAUGGCCAGCGCGGUACAGCAAGCACUCGCGAAGUUAAGCUGAAGAAAACCAUGAGGGAAGCUGCUGGUCGGGUGCCAACAUAUGGGAAGAUGAUGACACCGGGUAUCCUGCACCAGAUUCUCA